UCAGAUGUUCUAUGUUUGUUCCAUUUUAGCGUCCUUUGUCUCUUGGGGCAGAUAUUUGUAUGUAUUCUGCAACCAAAUACAUGAAUGGGCACACUGACGUUUUAAUGGGAUUGGUUUCAGUAAAUUGUGAUGAUCUCUAUGAAAGGCUCAAAUUCUUACAAAAUGCCCUUGGAGCAGUUCCAUCUCCUUUUGACUGUUACCUUUGCAAUCGGGGUUUAAAGACACUGCAGAUCCGGAUGAAGCAGCAUUUCCACAAUGCACAGGCUGUCGCUCAGUACCUUGAAUCAAAUCCCCGGGUAGAAAAAGUCAUUUAUCCUGGACUGCCCUCACAUCCUCAGCAUGAGCUAAUGAAGCGUCAGUCCACUGGCUGUCCUGGGAUGGUCACCUUUUAUAUUAAAGGAAAUCUUGAACACGCUGAAAUCUUUCUCAAGAAUUUAAAGCUUUUCGCGCUGGCUGAGAGUCUGGGAGGAUAUGAAAGCCUAGCAGAACUUCCGUAAGUCAGUCUUCCAGGAGAGAUUUAAGAUGAAACAAUCC